AUGCCUGUAGUAAUUGUUGUUCUCAUUGUAGUUGUUGUUACCAUGCUUGUAGUAGGAGCUGUUGUCGUUAUUAUGCUUGUGGUUGGAGCUGUUAUUGUUGUUAUCAUGCUUGUAGUACUAGCUGUUGCGGUGGUGAUAGUUGUUGUUGAUGUGCUUCUAGUAGUAAUAGCUGUUGUUUCUUUAACUGCUAUUAUGAUAGCUUUUGUGAUGGCCCUUGUUGUUAUAGCUGCUAUUGUUGUUGUAACAGUCGUAUUAAUAGCAGCUGUUGUCAGUGGUGUUGCAGCAGCUGUUAUUCUAGUAGUUUUUGUGGUAGUAGUUUUUGUUGAUACAUUUGUGGCUAUUAUUGUAGUUGUUGUGGUAGCUAGAAAUUCGAAAGCUACAUUUGACUAG